UUGAAACGUGAAAAAUCUCAAUCAUGUUUAUCAAGCCUUUUAAGCCACGUGGAAAUAUCCAAUUGAAGGGAUCGGACAAGAAGCGCUUGAAAUCUCGUGUUUUGAGUGCUUUCCCCAAUUUAAAAGAUGAAGAAUUCUCAAAUGUGCUCUCUAAUAAGGCUACGGUGUCUUCAGUGAAAGCAGUAACACACAAUGAGGAAAACAUUUUGAUUUACACAAUCGAUAAACAGCCUUUCUUCUUUGAGAUCGUUUCCUCUGGGAAGCUUCUUCCAACAGUUUAUGCAUUGUGGAAAUUUCCAGACAUGAUUCCGUGCUUUUCAACUCAUUCCGAUGUGUUACCAAAACUGGCAAAUGGAGCAGAUUUGAUGAUUCCCGGAGUGGUUAAGUCUGGAGGAGAUCUCAAGUCUUGGGGUUCAUACAAAAAGGACGAUAUUUUCGGGAUAAAUUUAACCUCCAACAAGGCUGUCAUCGCAGUCGGACUUCUUGCGCAUUCGAGUCAGGACUUGUACAUGUGUGGAGGUCGAGGAGUGGCCGUCCAUGUCCUUCAUGUGUUUGGCGAUAAGCUUUGGGGCAUGGAACCAAGUAUGUGCGAGCAACCACCGAUGAUGAAACCAGUCAUGGCUGUACCGACAAACGAUGAUUUUCCUCCAUUAGGUGCAGAGCCACCAUCAGUUAAGGAGGUCACGCAACAAGUAAGCAAAUUGGAGGUUUCAGACGAUGUCGAAAAGGUAACAGAAAAAGAAGAGGAACCAGUAGAAGCGACUCCAGAUGAAAUAUUGUAUCGGGCAUUCUUAAAUUGCAUCAAAUUGGAGGGUAAAAAAAUACAAUUACCAAUGCUGACAAGCACUUUCUACCCGCAACAUAUUCAACCUGCCUUGGAGAGUCCCAUAGACAUAAAAAAGACGACUUACAAAAAAGUAUCUGCGUUUUUGCGUGAGAUGGAAAAGCAGAAUUUCAUCAAAAUUCAGGAAGAGGCAAAAGGAAUCGAAAAAAUUUCGUUUUUGAAUCUGGAGCAUCCUGCUGUCUUGGAUUUUAUUCCGAACAAACAAGAAAAACAAGCCGCACAAUCUACCGAAAAUGCGCCACAAUUGCUUCUCACAAAAAUGACACAAGUUUACGUGGUUACCGAAAACACCGCCAACUUUUUCUCCAACUUUAAUUUGCCCGUGGGCUCAAAACUCGACGAAAAACAGAUAAAAGAUCACGUUAAAGACUAUGCUGGACGCAAAAAGUUGCUCGAUAAGACAAUCCAAAAAGUCAAUUUGGAUGAGGUACUUUCGGAAAUUUGUCUCACUGAAGGUCCACUAUCCGUUGAUGACAUUGCGAAAAUGAUUAAAAACAGUAUGAAUGCAUCGUUUGAGAUGCGAACGCAAGAUAAGGCACCGGUGAAAGGAGGAAAGAAGCCCGUUAUUCAUAUUACAACGGCCACGAGGACAGGCAACAAAAAGGUUACAAUAAUAAGUAAUUUGGACUUGUACGGAGUAAAUAUUACGGAGUUUGCAAAGGCAAUCAAAUUGGCUGUGGCUGCAAGUACCAGCAUGACCGAAGUGCCAGGCUACAAGUCUGAACAACUGUUGGUGCAAGGAAAUCACGUUUCCUUUGUUUAUAAUUUACUGGUCGAUACGUACAAAAUUCCAAGAGGCAACAUCACUGGAUUGGAGUUUGCUAAAAAGGAAAAGAAAAAGAAGAAAUAAAAAAGUUGACAAGUUUAUUAAAAUUUCAAUUGUAAAUAAAAUUAAAUUGAAACACCUUUUCGAGUUUUUUUUAUUA